GCGAACAUCACAAGAAGAUACCUCUAAUUGGCGAUCAAAUGCAGCGGCGAUGCUGACAGUCCUCAUACCCGAUGACCAGGAAGGACCUGACACGCCGGAACAGACCGAGAUCAGGCGGAACAUGGCAACCCUACCGAAUAUCGAAGACAUCACAGAGUUUCGGAUUGAAGAGCUCUGCGGUGCAGUAAAACGAAUGACGAGGGGGAAAUGUCCCGGACCCGACUUGAUCGAGGUAGAAGUAAUCCAACGCGCCUGGGGUGGAAUUCACCAAGAACUACUUAACCUAAUGAACGGCUGUCUCACCUGGGGGGUCUUCCCAAGAAGAUGGAAAGUGGGGAUCCUCAUCACCAUCCCGAAAGGACCGGGCCGAGACAGAAGUAGCCCAAAGUCUUACAGGCCAAUCUGCCUGCUCUCUAUGGUGGGCAUAUUACUGGACAAACUGAUGGCUACUAGAAUGUCAACCCUCUUCCACGACCACGAAAUGAUCUCGAACCUACAAUACGGAUUUCGCCCCGGAAGAUCGACGGUGGACGCAAUAAUUAAACUCCGCGAAAAAGUCGAGCAAAUGAGCGGAAAGAAAUACGUCCUCGCAAUUGCGCUUGACAUAUCAGGCGCCUUUGACAGCGUAUGGUGGCCGAACGUCAUGCACGAACUGAAGAGAAGAGGCUGUUCAAACAAUCUGUACCGGCUAAUACGGGGCUACUUCUCCGAAAGAACUGUGCAGAUCACAUGGAAAAACGAGGUGAUCAGCAAGCUCGUUACCAAAGGAUGCCCGCAGGGAUCGGUAUUGGGUCCAAAAUUUUGGAAUCUCACAUUCGACGACCUGCUGAUCGAACUAAGAACGAGCGCAACAGAAUGUGAGCCGAUUGCGUAUGCGGACGAUAUUGUGAUACUGUUUGUAGGAAAUGCGAGGGUAGAGCCACAGAGGAAAGGGCAGAAAGUAGUCACACGGGUUUCCAGCUGGUGCGCCAGGAAAAAACUGACACUGUCGGUCGAGGAGACGGAAAUGCUCCUAAUGAAGGAUAAACUGGAAGCGGAAAGACCACCGAUAAUCAAAAUCAAUGGUAAAAGCAUCCGAAGGCAUCAAGUGAUAAAAUACCUCUGAAUGCACUUCGAGAGCGGAUUAACCAUUAACAGGCACGUGCAAGAAACAACGCAAAAGUGCAGGAAGCUAUUCAACAGCCUCGCAAAAGUGGCCAAGGCAAAAUGGGGAUUUGGACAGGCGAUGCGUACCCUGUAUAAAGGGCUGAUUGAGCCCAUAACCACAUACGUCGCAGCUGGCUGAAGUGACCUGCUGAAUGAGAAAGCUAGGAAAAUCCUAAUAAAAUCUCAGAGGAUGGCGCUCCUACAGGUGACAAAGGUCUACAGGACAACAUCCACAGAAGCGCUGCAGGUCAUCGCAGGGGCCAUGCCCAUCGAUCUAUUAAUCGAAGCAAGGGCACGGCUACACAGAAAGAAGAGAGGCCAUGACGAAGCAAGAGAAAUAAUCAAAGAAGCCAUUGAGAAGCAUAAAUUAGAGGAAAAGAAAAAUGUAAAGUUGUCGGUACCAUUGAAAUGAAUUCUGCUUAUAGCUAUGCGUCUGUGGUAACAUAUGCGUCAGUAUUGAUUUCCACUGAUAUUUGGUUUAUAAAUGAAGGGCAAGCUUAAAGGAAUCAAGGCACUGCAAGAAAUGUGUAGUUGCCUCGCAGUCUUUAAAUUCUGGAAGAUGGAGAACUUUCCAGCAAAAUUCGAUGUUAUCAGCAAUGCUCGAGUUGAGAGUUUCGGCACAUAGAUCGCCAUUUUUCGAUGCAAACGGUUGUCCAGGCACAAACUCCCACUUUUUUGCAGCAGUGCUAGAGUUCUUAGAUAUCGCCAUUCGAUUUUGUUCUCUGCAUCAACACAACUCUCUUAGGCAAUUCUUAAUAUUCUUCAGCAUGUAAAGUGAAUCAAAUAUAACACUAAUAUUUUGGCUCACUAGACACGGGAUGCAGAAAUGUAGUAGGCAGAUCAUUAAUUUCAAUCUUCUCUUUUUUGCCUUUUUCGUAUCGAUGCAUAUUCGACCACCCAAUUGCUGAACUAUAACAAAGUCGUCGCUCCAUACGUGCUGCAAGCCCUGGCUCUCCAGAGGAUAUAUGAGAACAGGAGGGCCAGGGGGGAAGAAGAGAUGGUGGACCCGGACAUCAGGGCCAGGAUCGAAGAAGAAACCCGGAGAAGAUGGCGGUCCCAGCUACAGGAGGAAGCAGAGACGCAGUCCCAUCGUGCUGUCAACGCCGUGCUGCCCAACUGGGACAAAUGGAGGAAAGUCCGUGGAGUCCCGCUAACCUACAGAAUGACCCUCACCGGACAUAUAGUAUUCGGUGAGUUCUUGCAGAAAAUACAAAGGGAGGUGACCAACAUCUGUCACCACUGUGGGGAAGCGGAGGACAGGGCGCAACACACUUUAGAGCAUUGCCCAGCUUGGGAAAUACCACGGCACAUCUUGAGGCUGCGGAUCGGAGAAAAUCUGACCCCCGAGGAAGUUGUGGAGGCCUUGCUGCGCUGCCGGCCGGGAUACGAUGCCGUCUGCGAAUUCUGCGAGCAGGUAAUGCUGGCGAAGGAGCAGGCGGAGAGAAUCAGGAUCAGGACCGGCCAUCUAGCAAGGGUGCAGCGGAGUAGGAAGCCGGAACGCAACGGGGGCGGAAGACCGCCAUCUCCCCUACGGGUGGGUGAGGAACAAAGGCCCCGGGGUAUGGCCGCCCCGGGAGCCAUAUUAAAGGAGUCUCUCCGUGACAGGAGAGGAGACUGGAGGGAGGGGUUUUCACAGGUGGUAAUUCGAUCUGAGUACCCUGGGACCCCUUCCUUGAGUGUCAGGCGGCCACGUGGAAUUUUAGUCGGUAAGAGUCCGACACUACCUGGCCACCGCUUGCGGUGGUCGGGUGUCCAUGAAGAUUUCUCCACGUUAAAAAAGAAAAAAAAAGUCAUACCUGCUUUCUGUAGUUUAACGAAUGCUUCACGCAGCAAAUUUGCUUUCGUUUCAGCGUCCAUUGAAUCUAAUAAAAAGUGGCCAACUGGCAAUUUGCAAUGUUCUUGCAACAUGACUACCAUUAUGAACUGUGUUCUUCGUCUCAAGAUCAUCACAGUUUCCUUUCGACUGCCGAAGCGUGUAGACGUGUGUCUAAUGCCCGGUGAAGUUCACAAUACGUGACGACUCUCCAUCGAAACCUCUCGACUAGUUACUUCAAUUUGAAUUAACUAGCUUGAAGAUAGCCCAAGUAACCAGAUCAGACAACUGCACCGUUCUACCUCCUCCGUGGCAAAUCUCUCAAUCUCUUACGUACAGGUAGUUCAAGGAAAUCAAAGCAAACAAAAACUCAAUAGUGCUCAAUCACAAAUUUUCGCGGAGGAAAUCCGCAUGGACACCCGCCGCUUCUGGGGGAAGAGCGGCGUGGUAGUGUCGGGCUUCAACCGACUAAAACCUCCACGAUGACUGUCCCUCUUGCGAUCGAGGGGUGCUCGGGAACCGCUGAGGCGACACACCAGGCCUCCCUGCGCACAAUGAUCUGUCCGCAGAUAGCGCGGUGUACUGCCAUGUCACAUCGUGUCCUAUCCCCGGGAGCCGUCCGGAUCUCCAACCGGACUGCUUGGUGGCCCCCGGCUGCUGGAGAGUGCAGCACCUAAGUUUAGCCCCCAUCGGAGAUCGCGGUGGCUCUCGCGCGACCCGUGUAGACGCGUCCAUGGGCACCGCUGCGCCCUCGUCGGUCGAUCCUCUCGGGGUUGGAGUCAAUGAUCUUGCAUCCUAAGACACACCCCAACAUAGUUUUCCUUCGCGGCAUCACCGUAACAGAAAGUCAGUCGUUACAUAUCGGUCCGAAGUAAUCGUCGGCAAUUGAUAACAAUAGUUCACAGUUCCUUGCCAUCUUAGGUAAUCAUCAUCCGAACUUAUAGCGCGAAUCAAAAACGCAUCGACCAGAAGUCCAACUUGUAAUUGCGAAUCGCGAAUCGCUACUAGUAAUACCGCGAACCGCUAAUUUAAUAAUCGCUAG